GGACCCGGCCCUGUGAGCGGGGCUCGCCACCGCCAUCAGUUCCCGGCCCACUGCCAGGUGGUAAAGAGGGAAAAAAUCAAGAUUUUCCCACUAUGUCAUCCCUUCAGUCAUUACCACUAGCAACCUACAGCCAAGUCACAAACCAACUGAGACCUCCAAGUUUGAUAAGCAGAAGCCAACUAAUGUGUAUGGACUCGGUGAAUUUAGGAUGUACUCCUCCAUCUUAUACCUCACCAAGGAUCAGCUGUCCUGCUCCAGGGCCUCAGGUCUUCCUUCACUCAGAUCAACUCUCCAGGCCAUUAGUAGCUGGACAUGACAGGAGUACUAGGUCCCAUCCAAAUGGUAUGGAAGCCAUCAGAGAAAUCUUCCUGUCUGUUUUGAACUUGUCGAGGCCUGGAAAGAUGGUGUCCCAAGCUGCCGGACGGCAAGAGUUUGCUGUGGAUUCCUGGAAGGGGAGCAGUGAUGAGUCUGAAGACACAGGGGAGGGAUGCAGCCCAUCUCACACUCCUCUUCCUCUUAGCCAAGUUGAUAUUAGGUCCGCGAGGCACAAGGCCGCCUGGAUUAACUUACCACAGUGUGCGGUACCUGCAGAGGGACAGGCCCAGUUGCCAGAUUCGUCCACCCCUGUACCAGUGCAUGAGAGCAACAAGGCCCAUUUCAUAACCAGCCACAGACCCUUUCCCUUGGGAUGUUCGCCUACUCCUCCUGGGGACUCCCUCACGGCAACCCUAUUGCUGGGAGAUAGUACUGCUACAGAGGGCAGCUCCCUAAAUUGUUCAGAAGAAAUGGAUACAUGCUUAUCUCUGUCUUCAUCAGAACAGCAUGUUAUGGUUCCAGAGAGCCUGUCUCCAUCAGCCAUCUUAACAAGGUCUAAAAUUCCAGCCCGCUCCCAAGUUCUUGUGAACAGCAGUACUUCCCACUGGCCCCUAAAGCUGAUGACCCCUAUUGAAGAAGGUACCAUCCCAGCCAGCAGAAAAGCUCUUCCUCUGAAUAGCUUCUCACCAGAGACAUUGAUGCUUCCUGCUGAUGUAGAAAAGGAGAAUGCCCAUUUUUAUGCCGCAGAUAUUAUCAUAUCUGUAAUGGAAACAAUGAAGUAUAACCUCCUGAAUCAGCAGCCAGGAGAGAGCGGGGAAGGAUUGGAAGUGAGUGGCUCCCUUGGAAUUGACCAAACUGACUUGGAGAGGGGCUUUUAUAUACCUGAAAAGCAAAAAUCUUCAUCUGCUACAUCAUCUGACAGUGGCUAUGAAGGUUGUUCUGCAUUACAAGUAAACCCAGUAGUUGAAACAACUAUUCAUCAAAAUGGCCUGAAGGAGUUCUGUGAAUGUGACUCUGAUGAUUUUGUCAUUGUGGAACUUGAAGACUUUGACAAAAUCACAGAAACCUGUAGAUGUUUCCAUGACAUGAACAAAAGAUACAUUGAUGAGCCAAGCUUCAACUCAGCUGAACUGAUAGCAAAGGACCUAUAUCGAGCUUUCUGCAGGCGUUCUAGGUUGGCAGAGGUUGACUUUCACCUGGCAGGUUCUCUCCAGGCAGAUAGGGCAAUAACUGUGAAUGAAGAUAGUCUUCGAAAAGACUUUGAGUCCAGUUUGGAUGUAGUCGAGGAGAUAAAGUUUAAGUCCAGGAUUAGAGGGACUAAAGACUGGACUCCACCUAAAUUUGAAAUAAUAUUUAAUGUUCAUCCACCACUCAAGAGGGAUUUUGUGGUCUCCACCCAAAACUUUUCCUGCGCUGGCUGUGGAACACCAAUAGAGCAGAAGUACGUUAAGAGACUCCGCUAUUGUGAUUACCUGGGGAAGUAUUUCUGUGACUGCUGCCACAGUUACGCAGAAUCUUACAUCCCUGCCCGGAUCCUCAUGAAUUGGGAUUUCCGCAAGUACUAUGUCAGCAAAUUUUCCAAGCACCUCCUGGACAGCAUAUGGCAUCAACCCUUGAUAAAUCUGUUGUACAUCAGUCCAAACCUAUAUAGCAAAGCCAAGGAAUUGGAUCAAGUCAGGGAAAUCCAAGAGAAGCUUGUUCGGAUUAAGAAGCUAUUAAAGACCUGCAGAUUUGCUGAAAGGAUAUUAAAAGAUUUUGAGCAGGUGCCAGAACACUUGACAAAUGAACUCCACCUGUUCUCUCUGGAUGACCUCGUCAAGAUCAAAAAGGGACAAUUGGCUGCUGUUCUAAGAGUACUUUUGAAAGCCUCCAUUGUUCAUGUGGACAGCUGUGAACUGUGUCAAGGAAAGGGGUUCAUUUGUGAGUUUUGUCAGAGCGCAGCCGUCAUCUUCCCGUUCCAGACGACAACAUGCAAAAGAUGCCCAGUGUGCAAAGCUUGCUUUCAUAAACAAUGCUUCAGGUCAGCAGACUGCCCCAAGUGCCUGAGGAUCCAAGCUCGAAGGAAACUUUUAUAGAGUUUGCUCUCUGUGGCAACUUGAAACCAAAAAUAUUGUCUGGAUGACUGCAACUCCCCACAUAUAUUAGGGAAGCUGUUAGGCUUGCCUAUCACUGGUAAUGUUGUUUUAGACAUUGUAUGCUGUGUAUAAAGAAAUGAAUUUGCUAAGCACUAUAUUCCUUUGUAUAUAUUUAAUGUUUUUUUUUUAAAUACAGAUACUUGGCUGUCCAGGGUGAGGGCUUUGUUACUACUAAUAACUUGAUUUAAAAAAAAAUGAAUGUUCGGGAGAAUUUCCGAUGUUAUUGACUUUUUUGCUGCUAAAAGAUUUUUUAAAGAGUGUUUUGAUACUUCUUAAAUUGUAUUUGUACAGUUCUAGUUUUGCUGUUUAUACAAAGUACAGUUUCAAAAUGAUUAGACCUCUGUUUUUAAAAAGCAAGUUUUAAGUGUUGGGAUAAAUUGCUGAGUUUCUCUUCCUCAAAAACCUGAUUACGUGAAACUGACUAGAUACUUGUGUUUUCAUUAAAAUAAAUGCAAUAUCAGA